UCGAUCACCGGUGCAACGACAUACCUACAAACCAUUCCAUUUCCCGUACAGGAAUACUAACCGAGAGGCUGAAUUGUAAGAAUUUGCCAUUUCCCGUUCACUAUAGCCGCUGCUUGUACUGCAACGAAGCUUCAAGGAGGAGGACCUCUGCGCAGCUCUUGGACAGUGGUUAUUCCGAUCGAAUGCAGCGGCAUGUACAGCAGUACUGUGUGCACGAUGGACACGUUUAGUAGUAUUGUGUUUUAUGGUGUUCUGUUGUUGAGUUACAACGCAGUGCACGGUAUCGACACAGACUCAAUAAAUCAACAUUUGUUGACCAAGAGCCAAAAUGCAAACGAAACAUCAUUGUCAACUGCCGAACGUUUUCGACGCCUAAUACCUUACGUGACGUAUUACGUGGUCGGUAACAACGACCAAAAUGACUUGCCAUAUCAAUAUCAAUAUCAAAACCCUAAUUUAAAUUCAAACACACCCAGACCUUCACAGGCAAACAAUUUUUAUUUUCAAAAUGAAAGAAAACCCCAACAAAAACAACAACCCGCCACCCAACACCAACAUAAUUAUCAGACAUCAAAUCAACAGAUCCAUCAACAACAACACGCAACAGCUGCAGGAUAUCUGAGAUUUCCAAGCUCUCCAAAAAUUAAAAGGCCUAUUGUAAUAGCAACAACGACUGAAAUGCCGUACAUCAUCCACCCGACAGACAACUCGUAUAAUUAUUAUUACGAUUACAGUCAAACGAGCCCCAAACCAAUUGUUCGACCUAGUCCAAUUGUUAUUAAGCACGGUGAUCAUGCUGGAUUUUUACCGACGAUACCGCCAAGCCCAAAUUCGUUUUCGGAACAACAAGAACAGUUGCAGUUUACGACCAAGGCAAAAAAACAGAGAAGGCCAAAACCGAAAAGACCCACAACACCGGUCAUUACAACCACGACGACAGACAAAUACGGUGCACUCAACGAACUAUUGGACGGUUACGAUUUGGGAAAUCGUCUUUCAAACAAAAUCACGGCCGAUAACAUCGGUUCCAGUAUACAGACUUUGUCGGCCGUAUUACAGUUAUUGCAAAACGAGGCAGACGAACAACAGGCGCGACCAGUGCGGCCAAAGAAACCUAAGCCGGAAUACCGUCCAGAUCCAAUUGAUGAAUAUGAUGAUACUGGCGACGUAGGGAAUCCGGGAAGACCGGGCGUGGAUUAUCCGACGCUCUCAGUUAUACCUAAGACUAGCUUCGAUUGCAAAACUCAAAGAUACAAGGGUUUCUUUGGAGAUCCAGAAACGCUGUGCCAAGUGUGGCAUUACUGUGACUUAAAUGGUGGUCAAGCAUCAUUUUUAUGCCCAAAUGGAACUAUAUUCAAUCAAGUAUCACUGACAUGUGACUGGUGGUUUAAUGUGAAAUGUGAUACUACAGCUCAACUAUAUGUGCUCAAUGAACGCUUAUAUAAAUAUAUAAUACCAUCUAAACCUAGUUUUCCAGAAGAUUAUGAAGGACCUCUGGUAGAUAGAUAUUUAGAAGACAAAUUUAAGGAAACCGAAAAAAAUAGAGGCCAACAAAGAGCACCAAUGCCACCAGUAAUUAAUGUCACUACUGUUGAACCAGAAUCAGUUAGAACACCAUAUCAACAAUUAAUAGAUGUAGAUGUAUAGAUUUCAAUAGAAACUUCUUUGGUCAAUAUUUAUGAUUUGCGAGGUGAUUUUUAUGUAAAAUUAAUAAUAGGUAGGUGUAAAUACAAAAAUAUUUUUUUUUAAAACCAAAUAGAAAAAAAUUAUAAAACUGACUUAAUUUUCAAAACUAGUGGGCCUGAAAAUGUGCCAUUUUUAAUAUAAUGCUACCACUAUAUUUUAUUUAUUGAUAAUUAGUAUGAUACUAUGUUUUAAAGAGCUCAAAUUAAAAAUAAUUAGGUGGUAAAAAUAUUUUAUUUUAUUAUUUGAUACAUUUUCAACUUCAAAUUUUUAAUAAUUUUACCACAAACAAUGAAGCAAAGAUUACGCCUAAAAUUGUGAAACUUAGAUAUUGUUCUAUUCUUAACAUUAUUCAACCGUAGAAACAAUUUUAUAAUUUUAUAUUUGUAAAGAAAUUAAUUCCUUGAAGAUUUUUAUAUACAUAAAUCAAAUGGCAAAUAAUAAUUAUUUUAAAUUUAAACAAUGGUUAGCAAUGGUAAGCAAUUUGUAUAUAUUUUCUGACUACCUAAAUCUAUACCUGUUCAAAGUUCAAAUAAUGAGAAUAGCUUAUAUGUCAAGUACCUAUUUGAUUAUUGUGGAUUAAAACAUUCAGAAAAUGAUCUUCUAAUUAAAUAUAUGUAAUUUAACUACAAUAUAGUUAAACAUUUCAGGAAAAUGAGUGUUUAAGAAAGACAAAUACAAAUUUACAAAGUUUCAAAACUAAAACCAUUUAAAUCUAUUUUCAGAUGUAGGUAAUCUUUGUUUCAUAGUUGGUUUAUUAUGUAAACAAGAAAUAUUAAAAUUUCAAUACAAUUUUUUUAAAAAUUAUUUAGAUAUGAGAUCACAUUUACAAUCAUCUAUUAAAUGUAAUUAGAUAAUUAGUGUUGUAUGCCUUUGAAAUACUGGACAUAUAUAAAUAAUUAAAAAAACUUUAUUUGUGCCAAAAUAUAUUUGACAAUAUAGAAUAUGUUAGGUAUUAUUAUUAAAAUCUGUAAUUUAUAGAACAUAAGAUAACAUUUUACUUGAAAACAUGUGCAAUAAUUAUAAUUAUAAUUAAGAUGUAAAUAUGAUCAUUGAGUAUUAAGUAUUAAGUAAAAAAUCCUAUUAUUUAUUGUCAAAAUGUGUGGUUUAUUUAUUAAUGCUUAUUUUUAAGAAUCUUAUUUAUAAACCAAAGAUUAAAAUUGUAAUUGUAUUAUGCAAUUUUAAUAAUCAUGAAGUUAAUUUUUUUAAAUAAAUAUUCUCAACUUGGAAAAUUAAAUUUGAUAUACAUUUUUUAUUUGAUGAAUAUUAAUGUUAAAAAUAUAUCAUUUUUGUCAUUUUUGCUAUUAAGAAUAUAUAUUGAAAUAUGCAUAAUAUAGGCCUUACACUAAUACAGUGCAAAACAAUAGUUCUGGCAGCUAAUGGAGGCUAUGCUGAAUAUAACAUGUUGUUCCAUAU